UCGAACAGGUGGGCCUGGCAGUGCCCUACAAUUCAUUCAACUACCGGGAUUAUACGCGGGCGGUGAGCACAGUGGUGACAGCUUUGCAAAAGAGUACCAAGCGCCCGAACCUCGAUCUCUUCCAGCACUACGACAUCUUCGUGAAGGUGGCGAUGCAGGAGCUCACACCAAGCCCGAUGAAUAUACUUAACUCCCUCUGCAAGGAAUUCCUCUCGUUCAAUGUAUCGGCGAUACUCUACCUGAUGAAUAACGAGCAGUACGGAAGUAGUACGGCAAGCGCUCAAUAUUUUCUACAAUUGGCAGGCUACUUAGGUAUACCCGUCAUCGCCUGGAACGCCGACAAUUCUGGCCUCGAACGACGCUCGUCUCAGAGUAGCUUACACCUGCAACUGGCCCCGUCUAUCGAACACCAGACCGCGGCGAUGCUCAGCAUCCUCGAGCGCUACAAGUGGCAUCAGUUCAGCGUCGUCACCUCCCAGAUCGCAGGUCACGACGACUUCGUCCAGGCGGUGCGCGAGCGCAUCUCCGAGACCCAAGAGCGAUUCAAGUUCACCCUCUUGAACGCGGUGCUCUGGACCGAGCCUCAGGACCUAAUGGAGCUCAUCAACAGCGAGUCCAGGGUCAUGCUCCUCUACUCGACCAGAGAGGAGGCAGUGAAUAUCCUCAGAGCCGCGCAGGAGCUCAAGAUCACCGGCGAGAAUUACGUGUGGGUCGUCACGCAAAGUGUCAUCGAGGAUUUGCAGCCCAGUCACCACUUCCCCGUCGGCAUGAUCGGGGUGCAUUUUAAUACGAGCCGUGGGAGUCUCGUCAACGAAAUAGCAACGGCAAUUAAAGUGUUUGCCUACGGCGUCGAGGACUUUGUCAAUGAUCCGAAAAACUACGGCUACAGCCUCAAUACGCAGCUCAGUUGCGAGGAUCUCACUGGCGAGUCGCGCUGGAACACCGGAGAAUAUUUUUUCAAGUAUUUGAAAAACGUAUCGGUGGAGGUGGAGAAUGGAAAGCCGCACGUUGAGUUCACACAGGAUGGUGUCUUAAAAUCCGCAGAGCUGAAGAUCAUGAAUCUACGACCAGGCGCCAGUAUGCAGUUAGUCUGGGAAGAGAUUGGCGCGUGGAAGUCCUGGGAGAAGGACGGUCUCGACAUCAAGGACAUAAUCUGGCCGGGCAACAUGCACACUCCGCCCCAGGGUGUCCCGGAAAAGUUCUACGUGAAGAUCACGUUCCUAGAGGAGCCGCCGUACAUAAACAUGGCGCCACCCGACCCGGUAACGGGCAAAUGCCUCAUGGAGCGAGGCGUCCAUUGUCGUGUCACCAAGGACUACGAGCUCCAGGAGUCAGAGGCGCAGACGGCCCAGCAGCGGAACGACAGCGCCUACCAGUGCUGCAGUGGCUUUUGCAUCGACCUGCUGCAGAAAUUCUCCGAAGAAAUGGGAUUUACAUACGAGCUUGUCCGCGUGGAAGACGGCAAGUGGGGCACGCUAGAGAACGGCAAGUGGAACGGAUUGAUAGCGGAUCUGGUUAAUCGCAAGACCGAUAUGGUAAUGACGUCGUUGAAGAUCAAUUCGGAAAGGGAAGCCGUAGUUGACUUUACAGUGCCCUUUAUGGAAACGGGGACAGCUAUUGUCGUGGCCAAGCGGACCGGAAUUAUUUCACCAACGGCGUUUUUAGAACCGUUCGACACUGCUUCCUGGAUGCUCGUUGGCUUUGUGGCUAUACACUCGGCUACUUUCAUGAUUUUCCUCUUCGAGUGGCUUUCGCCAUCUGGUUUCGGCAUAACCGAUCAUUCCUCGGGCUCAAAGCGAAAGCCGACGGUGACGUCACUGAGGCAUCGAUUCUCCCUCUGCCGCGUCUACUGGCUCGUCUGGGCGGUUCUCUUCCAGGCCGCCGUACACGUCGACUCGCCCAGAGGAUUUACGGCCAGAUUUAUGACGAACGUCUGGGCAAUGUUCGCCGUUGUCUUCCUGGCCAUAUACACGGCCAACCUCGCCGCCUUCAUGAUAACGCGCGAGGAGUUCUUCGACUUCAGCGGCAUCGACGACCAUCGACUCGCCCGACCCAUGUCCCAUAAGCCUAUGAUCAAGUUCGGCACUGUGCCCUGGACCCACACCGACAGCACAUUCGCCAAGUACUUCAGGGAGAUGUACGCUUACAUGAAGUACUACAAUAAGAACAGCGUCGCCGAGGGCAUAGAGUCCGUCAUCAACGGUGAUUUGGAUGCUUUCAUAUACGAUGGCACAGUACUAGAUUAUCUAGUAUCUCAAGACGAGGAUUGUCGAUUAUUAACUGUUGGCUCUUGGUAUGCCAUGACAGGAUAUGGAUUAGCAUUUCCACGGAACUCAAGAUUUCUAAAAAUGUUCAAUCAGCGCUUAUUAGAUUACAGAGAUAAUGGUGACCUCGAGAGGUUACGAAGGUACUGGAUGACAGGCACCUGCAGGCUAAACAAAGAAGUCCAGAAAAGCAGCGAUCCCCUCGCACUCGAGCAAUUUUUAAGUGCUUUCUUAAUGUUAAUGGUCGGCAUUCUCAUCGCGGCAAUUCUCCUACUCCUCGAGUACAUUUACUCCAAGUGUAUUAGGCAUCAUCUGGCUAAGGACAGUCGAAUCAGUAAAUGCUGCGCGUUACUCAGUGUCCGAGAAAUGUUAAACCCAGAAAUGGAUGUUAAGUCUUAAGGUGUUACGAUGUUGAAGUUAAAAACAAACAAAAAAAGAAAAAAAAAAGAAAAAGAAAUUAAAUGAAUCCUCUCCCGUAAGAAAUCAAAGAAACUUUGAUUGCUCGAUGAACAAAUUAUGGUAAAACACAUAAACAGUAUUAAUAAUGCAAAGCAGUGGCAGUUUAUAAGUGUUUAAGCAUUUUUAUUAAGAACAGUGUCGUUAACUAUAAUAUAAUUUAAUAAUCAUCGAAUGUUCAAUAUAAUCGAGACAUAAUUCUCUGUUGAAAUUC